AUGGGACAAGCAGUGAGCGGAGUGAAAACCACACUGUGGCUUUCUCUUUUGCAUGGCUUCAUGUUUCUCGUUGCGGACUCAGGCACCGAAUCACCGUCGGACAGGACAACAAUAGACAUUUCGUCGCGUCGUUUCCGGGCAGAGUUCCUCCAAGAGUGGCAUGAAGCGGCUGAUUCGCCAUACUUCGACCCAAGCACGCCUCGCAACAUAACAGGACUGGUCGGCCAUCCUGUGCGCCUUUUGUGCAGGGUUAAGAACCUACGAAACAGGACUGUAUCUUGGGUUCGCCAUCGCGAUAUACACUUGCUGACAGUAGGCCGUUACACUUACACGUCCGAUCAAAGGUUCGAGGCGCAACACAAGCCGCGAUCUGAGGAGUGGGCUUUGCGUAUCCGAAGCCCGCAGAGGCGGGACUCGGGCCAAUACGAAUGUCAGAUAUCAACGACGCCACCCAUCGGGCAUGCUGUUUUCCUCAAUAUCGUCGAACCGGAGACGACCAUAUCCAGUGGACCGGAACUUUUCAUCCAAGCCGGAUCGACAAUUAACUUGACUUGUAUAGUUAAACAUACGCCAGAACCUCCUUCGUCUAUUACCUGGACUCACGGGGAGCAGGUUAUUAAUUUCGACUCAGCCAGAGGGGGCAUUUCGUUGGUAACGGAAAAAGGCCUGCGGAGUACUAGCCGACUCUUGGUCCAACAAGCCAAAGGGGCGGAUGCGGGAGUUUACACAUGUGACCCAAACAAUGCACCGUUGGCCGCGACGCGCGUGCAUGUUCUCUCCGGUGAACAUCCGGCCGCUAUGCAACAGGGCUCCGCCAAGUGUUCCGUGGACAAAACUAUCCUAAUAUUUUAUUUAUCUUCGACCCUAUAUAUAAUAAGGCCAUUCAACGCUCUACGAUUUGGCACU